UAGUCUUAGGCUGACUUUAAUAUUGGGACUUAAGAAGACUUCUAGGGCUAUAUUCAUCACGGUGAGAAGGUCAUUUAUGUCAUAUUCACAAAAGAGAGAGUGAGUCGAGCCCUUGUCUUAUCUUAGGCUGUCCAGUAUGCUCCUCGAAACCAUGCGUGAGAUCCUAUGUGGCAACCCAUAAGCCGCGUGAACACCGCCCCAAGCACCGGUGAGUUGGCUGUGAAGUGAUUAUGAAGAUGGAUAGAGACGAUGCAUUGGAUUGGUUGGGCUAUCCGGUCCCUCUCUCUCUCUCUCUCUCUCUCUCUCUCUCUCUCUCUCUCUCUUCCUUUUGCCUCUUCACUGAACACGGUUUCCACAACCUAGUGGAUCGGCUGUGGAAUGGUAACAUACCUACGUGGCCUCAUCAUCAUUCACAAAUCACGCGUGAGGAUACCCCUAAGCCUUAGUAGAUGGGAAAAAAGUUCUAGUUUAGAUAUCGUUGAAAUCAUUCUUAGUACCAUUAUUUCUAAUGCUUCUAAAACGUCGUACAACUUAAUUUGCAUGUGGCAAUCAUGUUAUAGGUUCCUCUCAUAAACGCGAACAUAUGGGUUUUAACGAGGAGAAUUCUCCUAGAAUAGAGAGGAACAUGUCUACAUGCUCGAGUGAAACUUCAAAUGUGACACCAGCAAAAACAUUGGUAAAACACAAGAGGGGGAAAUCAGAGGAUCUUCAUUGUAUUAAAACGAAAGAUUUGAGGUUAAUGAUCGGGACUUGGAAUGUUGCGGGAAAACUUCCUCCUGAUGGCCUUGAUAUCGACGAUUGGCUUAGUAUGCACCAACCGGCUGACGUAUAUAUUCUCGGUUUUCAAGAAGUCGUUCCUUUGAACGCGGGGAAUGUGCUUGGAGCCGAGACUCGAGCACCGAUAAUAAAAUGGGAGGCAGUCAUUCGAAAAUCUCUUAACAAAUCACAAGAACUCGAAUACAUACCUAAAAGCUAUAGUGCCCCGACCUCUCCUGUUACCGAGAUCAAAAGCAGUGUGGAUUUUCUAUCAACCGAAAUAACUGAUCCCGAAAGGAAAGAGAUUACUUCGAUGAUCGGGCUAACGGGAUUCAACGGCCUCGAUUGGCCCGAAUACACACCGGAUAGAAAACACGAUAUAUGUUUCUCCGGUAACAACUUACGUAGAGUGCUAAGUAGCUCGGAUCAAGUUCGUAAAGAUUGGUUCACACAUGAAUCUAACAAUUUCGGUCCACGAGGUAAUGUGGUUGAUCUUGGGGGUUUGAGAAUGUUGCGGCAUAGCUCGUGCGACGUGGGUUUGCUUUGGACGGAGAAACAAGAGAGGGAUGAUCUUUUUGAUUCUCUAUAUAAUGUAUCCGAACUAGUAAUGGAAGAAGAUGAUGAUUCUCUCAUGGACAGAAUAGAAGUCGAGCAAGGAAAUCCACAGAUAAAAAGUGGCGGAAAAAUUGAUAGGUAUGUUCGAAUCGUGAGUAAACAGAUGGUUGGUAUAUACCUUUCAAUUUGGGUUCGGAGAAGGUUGAGAAGGAAUAUCAGCAAUGUAAAAGUAACGCCCAUUGGCAUCGGGCUUAUGGGCUAUAUGGGAAAUAAGGGAUCUAUUUCCGUUAGCAUGUCUCUUUAUCAAACACGAAUAUGUUUCGUUUGUUCUCAUUUGAGCUCCGGACACAAGGACGGGGAUGAUGGGCGGCGCAACUCUGAUGUUAACGAGAUCUUGAGACGAACUCAUUUCUUAUCGGUAUUAGACCAUGAUCAACCUAAAACAAUUCCAUCUCAUGACCAGAUAUUCUGGUUUGGCGAUUUGAAUUAUCGUAUCAAUAUGGCAGAUGCAGACGUCAGAAAACUCGUUGCCCUAAAGCAGUGGGAGAAACUGUUAUACAGUGAUCAGCUAUGCAAAGAACUUAGAAGUGGGUGUGUCUUCGAGGGAUGGAAGGAAGGUGUUAUCAACUUCCCACCCACUUACAAGUAUGAAAUCAAUUCGGAUCACUAUAUAGGUGAAAUUCCUAAAGAAGGGGAGAAAAGAAGAACACCAGCAUGGUGUGAUCGGAUUUUAUGGAAGGGGAAAGGCAUUGAACAACUUCGUUAUGAUAGUUUGGAUUCACAAAUGUCCGAUCAUCGGCCCGUUAGAUCAGUUUUUUCAGUUGUGGUUGAAGUAUUUGACCCUACAAAGAUUCGUCGAGCUCUUGAUUUGACUAUUCCAUUCAUCCAAAUAUAAAUAUAAUCAUGCAUGGAGGAGUUAAAAUUACCCCAAAGGAGUUAAAAUUAUCCCAAAGAGGUUUAAGUUAUAAAUUCUUUUUCAUUGAUGAUAUUAUUAUUGAUGUUGCUUUUGCAAAAAAAUUAAUGGAAGGUGCUUCUACAGUUAAUUACGACAUGUAUUUGUAAUAAUAUAGUAACUCAUAAGUUUAGUCCUUUUAUAUAAGAAUCUUGAUAUUACAUAAAAAAAACUAUGUCAACAUAUUUUGUUGAAAUGGUGAAACUUUUGAAUCUUAAAA